GCGGCAGUCGGGCGCGUGCGUGUCCCUGGCCAUCCUGUCCGGCCGGGCCCCCCUUCCGCGGGCCUCGGGUUCCGGCCUCGGCUGCGCGCCGGCGAGGGCGCUCAAUGGGGAUCUCGGCGCUGGCUCUGGCCGCCUCCUCCUCCUCCUCCGCCGCCGCCGCCGCCGCCGCCAUGGAGCAAGGAGGCGGUGGUUGCGGGCGGGGGUGAUCGCUCGCCCCUUUCUCCCGUCUUCUCCUCCGCGGCCCCUUUCCCCCAUGAGACUCUGCCUGGCCUGGCUGGGCUGCUGCGCCGUCUCGCUGUGGCUGCUGAGGAGGAGGAUGUGGUCUGGCCCCGCUCGCUACCUCCGGAGCCCUUUAUCCCGCUCUCUCUACGCGAACAUGAUGAGCGGCCCCGGCCACGCAGCGCCGGGCGACAAGGAGAACCAGCAGUGGUAUCUGUGCAAUACGGAGCAGUUGUGCGAAGGACUUCAGCCUAUCUUCAUCCAGAGUUACCUUGACCAAGGGACACGGAUCUUCUUAAACAAUAGCAUUGAGAAAUCUGGCUGGUUGUUCAUUCAACUUUAUCACUCCUUUGUAUCAUCUGUUUUUAGCCUGUUCAUGUCCAGGACGUCUAUUAACGGCUUGCUGGAAAGAGGUUCCAUGUUUGUGUUUUCACCUGAACAAUUUCAGAGACUGCUUAAAAUCAACCCAGACUGGAAGUCGCGUCGGCUUCUCGAUUUAGGAGCUGGAGAUGGUGAAGUCACCAAAGUCAUGAGUCCCCACUUUGAGGAAACGUACGUGACCGAGUUGUCUGAGACCAUGAUUUGGCAGCUUCAAAAGAAGAAAUACAGAGUGCUUGGCAUUAACGAAUGGCAGAACACGGGAUUCCAGUAUGACGUCAUUAGUUGCUUGAAUCUAUUGGAUCGCUGUGACCAGCCACUGACGGUAUUAAAAGAUAUCAGGAGCGUGCUGGAACCGACGAGAGGCCGAGUCAUCCUGGCACUGGUUCUGCCUUUUCAUCCGUACGUGGAAAAUGGUGGCAAGUGGGAUAAACCCUCCGAAAUUUUGGAAAUCAAAGGACAGACGUGGGAGGAGCAAGUGAACAGCUUGCCGGAGGUUCUCAAGAAAGCCGGCUUCGCCAUCGAGGCGUUCACCAGACUACCGUACUUGUGCGAAGGCGACAUGUACAAUGAUUAUUACGUCCUGGACGAUGCCGUCUUCGUUCUCAGACCCAUCUGAAUCCUCGGGGGAAUCCCAACCGGAAGCCACCAGCAAAUGAAACCGUUUCGAUUCUUUGGAUGGGUUCAGGGUUAUUAUUAUUUUUAUUUUAUUUUUAUUUGUUGAUUUUGGUGGUUUUGUUUUUUGAAUUGAAUGAUUCCUUCCCGGAAGAGGGAUUUUUUUGUGGUUUGUCUGAUUUCAGUGGACUUCUUGACUGAAAAAGAAAAAUACUAAUUUCUUCGGAAACGCCCUCUUCCCCUCCUUUCGUUUUUGGGUUGUUUUUUUUUAAAAAAAGGACAUCUUUUUUAAAAAGAUCAGAGUUCUCUCUCCAUUAAGGUUUCUUAAAACCCCGAGACAUGUCUAAUGAAAUGGAAAUAUUUUUAUACCUAGCCGUUUAGGACUACUGAUCCAAAGUAGUUGCCAAGAAAUAACGCCAGCCCCGGCUGGUUUUCCCCAAGCGAGUACCGACAGUAGAAUCGUCUGUCCGCUCAACUUGAAAUCUGGGUUGGUCAAACGUCAGGCUAGACUCUCUCCCCUCCUUUCUUCUGUGUCCCCGAAAAUGAUUUGAUCUGUUGGUCUUCAGCACAUGUUUUUAAUCACGCUAAUAAAACUUUUUUUGAGAUGGUG